AUGUUACAUACGGUCUUCAGAUGGAGACAACACAGGCAACGUCGCACAUCACUUCCCCCUGGGCCCCGACCACUCUUCGUCUUGGGUAAUAUCUUCCAAGUUCCCGAUCCCAGGAAUUGGAUGGCUUGUCAGAUCCUGGCAAAAGCAUUUGGUACGAGCUUUACCCGCCCAAUUGUUUACUAUGAGCUAUUUGGAAAGCCCGCCAUUUUGAUAAGCUCUCAUGAAGUUGCGACUGAACUCCUCGAACACCAUGGAGAUAACUAUGCCGACAGAUCCAACAACACUGUGAUGGGUGGAGAACUCGUUGGAUGGGACAGAAGUGUCGGAUUGCAGGCUGUCGGUCCUCGCCACACCCGCUAUCGUAAACUACUCAAUACUAUGCUUAAUCCCACCGAAGUACGAAAAUUACAGCCCCUCCAGGAACGCUGCGCUGCAAGACUGCUGUUGCGGCUUCUGAAGGACCCCGAGCACUGGUACAUGCACAUGCGUCCAUCGAUCAGUGAGGCGCUCGUGCAUAUAUGCUACAGUCAGGAUUUUCCUCUCGAAGAGUUUCCUUAUAUCGCCAUGGCGGAACGUGCGUGGUGGAUAUUCAACAAUGUCGCAACCGCAAACUCUUUCGCAGUUGAUUAUCUCCCUAUUUUAAAGCAUCUACCGGAGUGGUUCCCCAGUGCAGGCUUUAAGAGACAGGCCCUACUAUGGCGGGGUGAGCUCGAUGAGCUAGGUUACGGGUCAUUCAAAAUUGUGAAGGAACAUGUGAGGAAAGGAAUUGCAAAGCAUUCAUACGUCAGCUCUCUGAUAAAAGCGCGGAGUCCGCUCAGUCAAGACGACGAGGAUGCUAUCUGUUGGACGGCUAUCGGGUUUUUCACAGGCGGGGUCGAUACUACAGCUGCAGCCGUCACAACUUUCAUCAUGAUCAUGAGCCGCUACCCAGACGUUCAAUGUCGCGCUUACGACGAGAUUCGAGAUGCUAUAGGAACGGAUCGCCUACCGACUCUUGAUGACCGCCCGCGACUUCCAUACGUCACAGCUUGCAUGCUGGAGAUGUUCAGAAUGUUUCCUAUUGUACCUCUGGGAGUUUCAAAACGUGCGAGUAACAAUGACUGGUACGAUGGGCACUUCAUACCGGCUGAAGUAUUACUGAUCUUGGGACAUAGGGCCAUGAGCCGUGACCCAAAUAUAUACGAGGAUGAAGACACCUUUAAGCCGGAACGAUUCCUCGCAUGCCAUCCCAGUUGCAAUGCGGAUAAGCCUGGCUUUCGCUCGACUCGCGUGUUCGGGCACGGUCGAAGAAUAUGUCCUGGACGUCACCUUGGGGAGUUGAUGGUGUUCAUCCAGAUCGCUACCAUUGUUGCGGCAUUCUGCAUCUCUGCACCUCGGAACAGUGAUGGAAAAAACACCGUGGAUUACAAGUUCGAUUUUGUGGAUGGAUUGAUCGUAUUUCCGAAACCUUUUGAGUGUGCUAUUACACCGCGCUCAAAGAAUUUGGCAGUGCUGCUUGAACACAGCGAUGUAUAG